UGAAUGUCUAUGCAACAAAUAGCUAGUAUAUUAUACAUGUUUUAUAGUGAUAAACUAGUGAAUAAAUUGUGAAUAAACCCAGUGAUGUUUAUCGCGUCGUUAAAUAUUAGUGUUUCUUCGAGUUUUAUAAUAAUUGUCUAAUAUACUGGUCCGAUAAUUGGGAAAAUAAUGAGGGAACGCCGAGUAUAAUAUUGUUCCGCUCACACUUGCAAAAUUUUCAGCCAGUUGUAUGGUUUUGAUCAAUUAAAAAAAAAUUGUUAUUGUUAAAUUCGUUUCGUUCUAAUGGCUAAAGGUUCGUCUUCUGGUGGUAGCCAAAGCCCUAGGAGGAAAAACGGAAAAUCUAGUAGAGUUAACAGAAACCAACCGACCUUAAAUGGAUCAGAUACAAAUUAUUCCAGAAAUAUGACCAACGCGCAAACGGAUAAUACAAAAACAGUACCAUUGGCACCCCCUUCCGAACAGCAGCAAUGGACAGUGAAAAAUCCGAUUCCUUUAAUGUUAGAAAUACUUAUCAUCUUUCAAAUGUUCUUUGUUACGUUAUUUUUCAAGAUGUUCAGAGUGCUUUUGCCAUCGUCGAAAAAAUCUGUCAAGGGAAACGUCGUAUUGAUCACGGGUUCGGGAAGAGGACUUGGCCGUGAAUUGGCCUUAGAGUUCGCCCAACUUGGCGCUAAGAUAGCGUGCGUCGAUGUGGAUCAGACAAGCAAUGAAGAGACAGUCAAACUCAUCGAGUCCAAGAUUCCGGGUGUGUCAGCCAAGGCAUACACGGUUAAUGUAGCAGUCAGCUCUGAAACGGCCGCACUGGCCGUCAAGGUUGAACUCGACCUAGGCCCGGUGGACAUACUCAUCAACAACGCGGCCGUCAUCGUCGGUCACACGUUCCUCGGUGCCCAGGACCACACGAUUUCUACCAUCAUCAACAUAAACCUGCUCGGACAAUUUUGGAUGAUACGCUCGUUCUUGCCAAGUAUGAUGAAGAGGAAUAGCGGUCACAUUGUAGCCAUUUCGUCAAUUUCGUCUCUUAGUGGUGAGGCUAAGCUAUCGGCUUAUUCGGCUAGCAAAUGGGGUAUUAAUGGAAUGAUGGAAAGUCUCAGAGAGGAACUCCGGGAGCAUUCACACAAUGCAAUCCAUACCACUGUUGUGAUACCACGAUUAAUAAAUACGAGUGCUGAUUAUAUGAAAUCCAUCAACAGCAGGUUGCCGGUGUUGAGUAUUGAACAUGCCGCUAAAUCUACGGUCCGCGGGAUUUUGGCAAAUGAGGUUGAAUUUACUAUUCCUCGCAUGACAUAUUUUGCAAAUGUUAUUCGAAAACUCUUUCCCGUAAAUAUUUCUGAUUCGAUAAAAAAUAUUUUCUAUGUAAAAAUCACUUUACCACCACGAGAAUAUCAAGACAAUAUGCCUAAUAUGUCGAUCAUUAAUCAUACUGUAGCAACGAACUAAAAACAACGUUUGUAUAAUUUGUGUUUGUUUUUAAUUUAUUUAUUUUAAAAUAAUAUUAUAUCUUGUUGUUAAUCAAUGAAUCACACCGUACUUAUUUUGAAGUUACAGCUGAUAACGUAUAAUAUUUUAAACGAUUUUGUUUUAAUUAAAUUAUAUAAAUCCAAAUUAAUUAAUUAAAUUGGCUGAUUUGUACACAAUUUUAUAGUUGAAACUAUCAUAUCAUUAUGGGUAAAUUAUAUCAUAUUUUAUUUAUAUUAUAUCAAUUUUAUUAUUAAUGGAAUUUUUAAGUCUUAUAUAAAUUAUAAAAUAUUUGUUAUUUAUACGUGUUUAUUUAUUAUUAAAGUAAAGAAAAUUA